UAAACUCGCAAACCCUCUCUUUCCAUCGUCGUUGCUUCAAGCGAGAAGCGCAUCCCAAACAAAACUCUCAGAACGGCUACUGUGGUGGCAGAACCACCGGCGAAGGGCGACUAGCGACAAUCCUCAAACUUCUCCGUCUAACGACGGAGAACGGCGACUCUUGUGGAUCUCCGUAUUCUGAGAAGCCUUUGGAGCAGUUACGUGUUUCUUGUGGAUUUGGAAGUAACUGUAGUUUGUUUUCGUCAUUCAGAAUAUUAGGGCCUGCUUGGUAUUGGGCAGGGAAAGUUGUUGAUUGAUAGCCAUGGCGACUUUUGCGAAGCCAGAGAAUGCGCUGAAGCGUGCUGAAGAGUUGAUCAAUGUUGGACAGAAGCAAGCAGCCUUGCAAGCUCUUCAUGAUCUGAUAACCUCAAAGAGGUAUCGAGCAUGGCAAAAGACACUGGAGCGGAUAAUGUUUAAGUAUGUAGAGCUCUGUGUGGACAUGCGAAGAGGCAGGUUUGCCAAGGAUGGUCUGAUUCAGUAUCGUAUUGUAUGCCAGCAAGUGAAUGUUAGUUCAUUGGAGGAGGUGAUCAAGCAUUUUAUGCACCUGUCAACUGAAAGAGCUGAGCAAGCUCGUAGUCAGGCACAGGCCUUAGAAGAAGCUUUGGAUGUUGAUGACCUGGAAGCAGAUAAAAGGCCAGAAGACUUAAUGCUAAGUUAUGUGAGUGGGGAGAAAGGAAAGGACAGGUCCGAUCGUGAGCUUGUAACUCCAUGGUUCAAAUUUUUGUGGGAAACCUAUAGAACAGUCCUUGAAAUUUUGCGUAACAACUCAAAGCUGGAAGCACUUUAUGCAAUGACUGCACAUCGGGCUUUCCAGUUUUGUAAACAGUACAAAAGGACAACUGAGUUUCGUAGACUAUGUGAAAUUAUUAGGAAUCAUCUUGUGAAUCUUAACAAAUAUAGAGACCAGAGAGACCGACCUGAUCUGUCUUCUCCAGAAAGCUUGCAACUCUAUCUUGAUACAAGGUUUGAACAGCUGAAGAUUGCAACUGAACUCGAACUCUGGCAGGAGGCAUUUCGUUCAGUUGAGGAUAUUCAUGGAUUGAUGUGCAUGGUUAAGAAGAUCCCCAAAUCAUCCCUGAUGGUCAUUUAUUAUGCUAAGUUAACAGAGAUAUUUUGGGUUUCAGACAGCCAUCUUUAUCAUGCAUACGCGUGGUUCAAGCUUUUUUCACUCCAGAAAAGUUAUAACAAGAAUUUAACCCAGAAGGAUUUACAACUCAUAGCAUCAUCUGUUGUUUUAGCUGCACUUUCCGUGACCCCCUAUGAUCUUACACAUGGUGCUUCACAUUUGGAGCUUGAAAAUGAGAAAGAGCGUAAUUUGAGAAUGGCAAGCCUUAUAGGAUUCAAUCUUGAUCCAAAACGUGAGAGCAGGGAAGUGCUUUCACGGUCUACGCUGCUCUCAGAAUUGGUUUCCAAAGGCGUAAUGACAUGUGUGUCUCAGGAAGUAAAAGAUCUUUACCAUCUCCUAGAACACGAAUUUCUCCCCUUGGAUCUUGCUUCAAAAAUCCAACCAUUGUUAACUAAGAUCUCCAAGCUUGGUGGCAAGCUUGCUUAUGCUUCUUCUGUUCCUGAAGUGCAACUGUCACAGUAUAUUCCAGCACUGGAAAAGCUUGCAACAUUGAGAUUGCUUCAGCAGGUUUCCCAGGUGUAUUGGACAAUGAAAAUUGAUGUUCUAUCCAGGAUGAUCCCAUUUUUUGAUUUCUCUGUUGUGGAAAAAAUUUGUGUUGAUGCUGUUAAAUAUAAUUUCGUAGCAAUGAAAGUUGAUCAUAUGAAGGAAGCAGUUAUAUUUGGUAAUAUGGAUCUUGAAUCAGACUGGCUCCGUGAUCACCUUACUGUCCUUGCUGAAUCAUUGAAUAAAGCAAGGACCAUGAUUUAUCCUCCAGUAAAGGUUUCAAAACUAGGAGAGACCUUGCCUGGUUUAGCUGAAAUUGUGGAUAAGGAACAUAAGAGGCUUCUUGCUCGGAAAUCAAUAAUUGAGAAACGCAAGGAGGAACAAGAACGGCAAAUGUUGGAAAUGGAACGCGAGGAAGAGUCAAAAAGACUGAAACUACAGAAGAUAACCGAGGAAGCUGAACAAAAGAGACUUGCCACUGAGUAUUCCAGAAGAGAGGAACAACGUAUCCGUAGGGAAAUAGAAGAGAGAGAGCUUGAAGAAGCACAAGCUUUGCUUCAAGAGGCUGAGAAACGAAGCAAAAAGAAGGGAAAGAAACCAGUCAUAGAAGGGGAUAAAGUGACCAAGCAAACCUUGAUUGAAUUAGCUUUGAGUGAGCAACUCAGGGAGAGGCAAGAAAUGGAGAAGAAAUUACAGAAACUUGCUAAAACAAUGGAUUAUAUGGAAAGGGCGAAAAGAGAGGAGGAGGCACCAUUGAUUGAGGCUGCAUUUCAGCAACGACAGGUGGAAGAAAAGAUCCUCCAUGAACGUGAACUGCGGCAAGAGAUUGAACUCAGUAGGCAGCGCCAUGCUGGAGAUGUUCAAGAAAAGAAUAGGCUUGCACGUAUGUUGGACAUGAAGAAGAUAUUCCAGGAUAGAAUUGUCAGCCGCCGAGAAGCUGAGUUUAAAAGAUUGAGGCAGGAGAGAGAGGAAAAAAUCAAGAAACUUCUUCAGGCCAGAAAACAAGAAAGGGAGACUAAGAGAAAGUUAUUACAUUUCCUGAAGUUGGAGGAAGAGAGGCUGAAUAAGUUGCGUGAAGAAGAGGAAAUUCGAAAACGUGAAGAGGCUGAGAGACGAAAGAAGGAAGAGGCUGAGCGGAAGGCCAAAUUGGAUGAGAUAGCUGAAAAACAGAGGCAAAGAGAAAGGGAAAUUGAAGAGAGGGAUAGGCUCGCAAGGGAGGCCCGAUUUGCUAAAGCAAAUGAACCACCAGCGCGUCCUGAGCCAGCUGUUUUGGCCCGUUCAUCGGAGCCGGUACCAGCCGCUGCAGCUGCAGCUGGUGCUCCAACCCCUGGAAAAUAUGUCCCCAAGUUUCGGCUACAAGGAACCACAGCGCCUCCUCCAGAAUCUGAUAGAUGGGGCAAACAGGAUGAACGCCCACCGCAAUAUGAAAGGUGGCGUGGCGGUGAUGAUCGUAGAACGUCAUAUUCUGGGGCUGGUUCAAGGUCUACCUCCUCAUGGUCAUUAUCCAGGCCACCUCGUGGUGGCUCUGAGCGCUGAGAUCAUUGCGAGAGCUGCAUUACAACAUCGUACGAGGUUGUUUAUCUGAUUGCAACAGUUGAAAACUGUCAUGUCUUUUUUCUUUCUUUUGGUAGAGAUACUUAAGGCGUUGGAGGCAGAAAUAUUUAUCGAAGGACUUUGCUGCAUGAACAUUUGUUUAUUUCUUCUGUUAGAAUUUGUUUAUUUUGUAGUUGGGACUAUCAAUUUUCAUGUUUGGAGACGUCUAUUUGAGAACAAGUAAUUUUGAGGCAAUUAAUGACUGCAUUUUGUCCUUUAGUUUA